AUUACAACAUGAUUUUCUAUCCACUUACAAUCUUUUCAAGAUGAAGAAAAAUUGAAAAAAAUACAAAAAAAAAAAAUUUGAGAAUUUUCUAUUUAAUGGGGGGAAUGAAGUAUCAUCUAUAUGAUCAUAUCUUUUAAUUUUAUAUAGAGGUGUGUCUGUUGGAUAUCCAACCCGUGAAGUAAAUUACCUUAUUUGUGAUCGCAAGACCAUAUUCGUCGAUCGGGUGUGGCAAAACAGCGGCGCUUCGUUCGCCUUCGUGUGCUACAAUCAGAAGGACAGUAGCGAUCAUACGGCGAGGUAGGUUGCAGUCCAAGCUGCUCUUACAACUACACGUGAUGUGUGGAUUGUUCACUAUGAUCAAGUGGAUUUUCUUCUUCAGCAUCGUAACCGGAAUUUCGUGUCUUCGUUUAAUUUCUUUAGACGUUCCUGGUUCUGUUGCGGUAGGAGAAAAAGUUAGAUUAACGUGUGUUUUUGAAUUAGAAGGCGAUCUUUUGUAUUCUGUAAAGUGGUAUAGAGAUGCUAUGGAAUUUUAUCGUUACGUUCCAAGUGAUAAACCGCCCGGUCAGUUCUUCCCUCUUCAAGGAAUCGAUGUCGAUAUUGAACAUUCUAACAACGGUACAGUGUAUCUUCGUGACGUUUCAUCCUCAACAGCAGGAGAAUACAGAUGCGAAGUUUCUGCAGAUGCUCCCUCCUUCCAAACAGUGGCUGCUGACAAAACGAUGACCGUUUAUGUAAAUGGUGCACCAAACAAAUCAAUCCAGCUCUCAAGUUUCCUUGCAACGUCCUUGAUUCUUCUCGUCAUUGUUUUGUGUUGCUGACAAAUGUUGUAAAUUUACAUCCAGGACGACCGAGAAGAUUUUUGGUGUCCGCGUAUUCUUGUACGUGCUCCGAAAUAAAAAACAAACAAAUAAAAGUGAGAAACGAGAUGAUUUAAAGAAGCUUGAGUAGGGGGCAAUAUGCAAAUCUCAGAGACAGCUGUGCCUUGUACGAGUCCGAAUCAGUUUCUCGCAACAAAAAAUAAAAUUUAAAAGGAGAGAAUCAUGAUGAGACUUAUACAUUCCGUCGAAAAAAAAGAAGAAAAGCAAGAAAAGAAAAGUUGACGUUAAUAUGCGCCAUCUUGAAAAUUAACGACGGGACUCGAUAGAAGAGACCAAAUGUCUUUCUAAAUGUGUGAUUCGAAUUGGUCAAUUAUAGAGAUACUGAAACAAAAUCAUGACAUAUAAAGCUUAGAAUACAAAUAACUAAAUUCAAUAUAGAAAGUCUACCUCAUCAACUAUAAAUGCUCUUAUAUAGUGGAAGAAAAUUCAAUCUAUCAAUAGAUAAAGGAAGAAAAGAAUAAAAGAGGAGAGCUUUCUUUAAACUUUGCCAACUUCAACUUCAAUUAGAUUUAUUUAUAAAGCCAUUCAGUUUAAAGGCGCCUGUUGUUCCUGCUCUGUAGUGUUGUGGUGCCACAUAUUGUAAAACUAAAGGUCUUCACAUAAUAAUUUUUUAUAAACAUAUCUACUUUCAAAGUGUUAUUUAUAUUUUAUAUUGUAAAUAAAUAAAUAAAUAUAUAUAUAUAUAUAUAUA